AUGUCAAAAUUGUUCUUCCAACCCGCCACCGCAGCGGUAUUGCGACAUAGGUUGAACAAGCGCGUCGAACGAAAUGCGCUCAUUGCCGCCGUUAUUUCACUCUUUUUGUUCGCCUACUGGUACUUGGGCACCGAGGAACCGCCAAUCCUGCCCUUCUACCCCUUCGAGACGACGAGCGCAUUCUUCCCGAUAGCCCACCAUGACGCCCAGAACAAAACCACCGAACAGCUUUGCGCUUCCUUCCCGAGCCACAUGUUGCAGCGCAUCCAGCCCGUCUUGAAAAUGGGGCAUGGCGAGAACCGGAACAUGGUCGAUGCGCAGCUGCAAAGUGUAUCUGCGUGCUUCGCCCCGGACGAGCUGCUCGUCUUUUCCGACCUGGACGAGGUCAUCCACGGCCGCCAUGCCGUCGACAUCCUCGCAAACCUGCCCCGCGCAUAUCGCGAUAAAGACGCCGAAGGCAAACCGAAUCCAGACUUCGUGAACUACGAAACCAUGUAUGCGCUGGCCCAGGAGGGGAAGCUGACGGUCGAAAACGAUCCGGCGAGGGGCAAGAACGGCUGGCGCCUUGAUAAAUACAAGUUCCUCGCCGGCGCUGAGCGCGCGUGGCAGCUGCGGCCUGGCCGCGACUUUUACGUCUUCUACGAGACUGAUACCUACAUCUCAUGGGACAACAUGUUCCGCUUCCUCUCGAUACUCGACCCGCAGACUCCGUUAUACAUGGGGAGCCCGUCCCCCGGACGGCAUGACGACGACAAGGACGCAGACACGUGGUUCGCUAACGGCGGGCCUGGUUAUGUUUUGUCCCGGGGAGCCAUGGAGAAACUGUUGGGGCGCCGGACAUCACCCAAGACCGGCCACUUUACGGAUCCGCCAAUCUCGCUCAAGUUUGCGGACGUGGUGCGGAGUGAUCCUUGCGGUGACUCUGUGUUGGGUUGGGCGCUGUGGACCGCCGGCGUUCCACUGAGCGGCUUUUUCCCCCUCUUUAACACAUAUCCGGCACACUCGCUCCCCUUCACGGAACGCCUGUGGUGCCAGCCAUUCCUGACCAUGCACAAACUCAAACCCGAGGACUUGGUCCGUCUCUGGCGGUGGGAACACGGCCAUCGAAAGCUGGGAAGUCCGCUCUUGUACUCGGACUUGUACGACUUCUUCCCUGUAGCGACACCGGAAGUUCGGAACAACUGGGACAACACGAACUGGGACCGCCUAGCGCCCGGCCGAGACACUCAUGCGGACACGUUCGAGGCUUGUAAAGGGGCUUGCCACGCCAGCCCUUCUUGCCUUCAAUACCAUUGGCAGGGCGAGGAAACGAAAAAGUGCGUGUUGCAGCGAUUUAUCAACUAUGGAGUCGCCAAAGACCCAGAGACUAUCAAGAGGAAGGUGCCAAUCCCUGGCACCAAGGUGAAGAAGGGGAAAAAUGGCAAGAAAGAGCAGGAGUUCCGGGUCAUCGAGGAGAAGCUCACGUACACUAGCGGUUGGAUCAGGGCGAGGAUCGACGAUUGGGUUAAAUCGCAUGUGUGUUCUGCGCCGGAAUGGGUUUAUCCCAGCAUCGAACGUCACUUUUAA